AUGUCUCUCAACAUGGAGGAUCCCUUCUCAAGUCUCGACCCCACCGCUCUCUACAUCCUCCUCUUAGACCGCGGCGACAGCUACCUGUUUCACUGGGCCCUGUACCUGGCAAAACCAGACUCUCGCGGGAUGAUGUAUCACCUCAUCAACCCAGACACUACGGACCCCACGGUCUGGAAAUACGAAAUGCAACUAAUCACCGAUGCUUCGUAUUUCAACCGCGUCCUGCUAACUUUGAAACUGGGCGUCUUGGACCCGGUGGUGCAUGAUGCCGUCGGUGUUCGGUUGGGCGAAGUCCCCAUCCAAUACUCCGGUCGGUUUAAGGAGAAUAUGACGUGUCGGGUGUGGUUGAAGGAGGCGCUGUAUGCGCUUGACGAUGAGGGGUACGUUGAGCUUCGGAGAUCGGUGAAUGAGAUUGAUACCGAAGCGACACAUUUGGCGAUGAUCAAUAAGAGUAAGAAGGCGCAGACGGUGGUUACGAGUAAGGGGUGUGUGGGGUGA